AUGAAUCACUCUUCAGGCGGAAUGCCGUACAUCAAGGCCGAGCCCGAAGAUUUCGGGAACAGCCAGUUCAUGUCUUCUUCCAACUUCAACCCCUCUCAGAAUUUCAACAACCAAUUCAACGUUCAGGACAAUGGAAGCAUAAACCCUUCUGAACUUUCCAACUUUGGUGGGAUGCAAUACAAUUUUGGCGGCAAUAUGUCAUCGAGUUUCAACAUGGGCAACUCGGGCUACGAUGACAGCGAAUUGCUGGAAAGCCUAGACUUCUCUCAGAACGGUCAAGGCAUGCUGGAUGAUUUCACAACCCUCAACCAGUCGAGCAACAAUAACAGAGGUUCGGGUGCGAUACCCAUGAGCCAACAAAACCAGAUGUCCAACGUGUAUUCGAGUACGCCGGAUGGACCGCCCAUCCAGAGCCCUUUCCUAGGAACCUUCGAUUACAAUCAAUUCCGCCCCAUGGGCUCACUGCCACAGCACAUGUCACCUCUACAGGGCGGCCAAUUCGGCAAGCGUCCAAGCAUGCAAUCAGCGAACCGCAAGUCCUCUUCGGACCAGAGAUCGCCGUUGACUCCACGAGCGACCGCCAUGGCAGGACUUCAUAUUGGCACCCCGGAAUCUAGUAACCUUGCCAAUGGGCGACCAAUAAGAGCGCCAAAUCUACAAAACCGGCACGCCAAGACUCUUUCUGGACAGUAUGAUAGCACCCCCGGAAGUCUCCAUUCGUUCUUGGACUCCCCUCUGUCAUCGCCUGGCGCCGGAAUGCACCACGCUGGCAUCUCAGAAACCAUUGGCUCUGGGCAGCAUGCGUCUUUACCUGCCAAGGUCGAAAAUGGUAUGACAAAUGCAGAAACCAUUGAAGCGAAGAAGCGCCGGAGACGAGCUUCGCAUAAUGCUGUGGAACGAAGGCGUCGGGACAACAUCAACGAGCGCAUACAGGAUCUGUCGCAUCUGGUCCCACAGCACCGACUUGAUGAUGACAGGGUCAAGAAACAAUUGCAGACUAAUGGUCCGCUAUCACCCACGAUGGGUGCUACCAGCAUGAGCCCUCCCAACGCGAACAACGCGGCGACCUCAUUGCUUGCAGGUGCCGCGGGUCGGCGCGCUGCCAGUACUGCGGGUAAUAUCACCAUUGGGUUGCCCAUUGAAGAAAAGGAAAAGGGCCCCAACAAAGGCGACAUUCUCAACGGCUCAGUCAGCUGGACGCGGGACCUGAUGUGGGCUCUGCAUCUGAAAUAUCAACAGGAAGAUGAGUUGGCAUCGUACAUUACCCAGUUAGGUGGUCAAUGGCCGUUUCAGAUCACGGACGACGAGAAACGGAUGCGCUCCGAGGUCAUGGACGCCAUGGAGAAGAACGACUCAAGUACGUUUUCGUACUCUCGAACAGAUGGAAGCGGUCUCCGUGUGCCUCGCCACACCAAUCUUGCUGGCGAUAAGGUCCAAGGCAAUUCCAGUCUGAGCCCCCAAAGUAACUUCGAGCUCAGCCCAGGCUUUCACAGUGGUGGUAGUGGCACGGGAAGUGGCAGCAACCCUGGACAGCCACAGUACUGGCAUAGUGCUGGCCACGGAGGGAUCAGCUUCAAGGAAGAAGACGAAUUCAUGGAGAUGAACUGA